AUAGUAACAGAAACGGGUAGGAGAGAGAAAGAGAGAUAGUGACAGACAGAGGGAAAGGGAAGAGAGAAGGAAAGAAAGAGGGUCUGCGUUUUUUGGGGUACUUUUUGGAGCUGCAGGUUUUGGAGCAUCGUGUCGGGGAGGUUCUGAUUUUAGAGCCAAUUUCCCCCCCCCCCCUUUUUUUUUUCCAGGGAAAGAAAUAUUAUUUAAUUAUUAUAAUUUAUAAUUCGUUUAAAUAAUUAUUAUUACUUUCCUAAGUUAUAGACAUAGAGGGAAGAUCAAAGGUGUCUGUGUGAGAUCCCUGUAUAUAAAAUCACGCUCAUAUUUUUCUGUGUAUAUAUAUGCACUGUUACUUUGUAACAACACCACGUUCACGGAGCCUCUUCGUUUCAGAGAGAACCUAGGAAAUUUUGCUGUAGCAGAUCACGAUUCCAACGGAACUGCAAUGGCUUUUAUUUCGGAGGUCAACAUGAGCUUCUCUCACUACAGGGAUGAUGAAUACGAGAAACUCUUCCGGAGAAUGAACCCUCCCAGGGUUGUAAUCGAUAAUGAAACCUGCAAGAAUGCCACUGUUAUACGGGUUGAUAGCGCAAACAAGCAUGGAAUACUUCUUGAAGUUGUACAAAUUCUCACUGAUCUAAACCUCAUCAUAACUAAGGCUUACAUAUCCUCUGAUGGUGGAUGGUUCAUGGAUGUUUUUAAUGUUACUGGCCAAGAUGGAAACAAGGUUAUAGAUGAAGCCAUUUUGGAAUACAUUAGUAAGUCUCUUGGUCCGGAAUCUUGUUUUACAUCUCCAAUGAGAGCUGUUGGGGUUAAGCAAACAUUGGACCACACUGCAAUAGAGCUUAUGGGAAGUGAUAGGCCCGGACUUCUUUCAGAAGUGAGUGCUGUUCUAACCAACCUCAAGUGCAAUAUACUGAAUGCAGAGGUGUGGACUCACAAUGCCCGUGCUGCGGCCGUGAUGCAUGUAAACGAUGAAGAAACCGGGUCUGCUAUCGCUGACCCUCAGAAGCUCUCUCUAAUCAAGGAGCUUCUAUGCAAUGUGCUUGGUGGUGGCAACAAAAAAAGGGGGGCUAAGACUGUUGUUAGUGAUGAAGUCACACAUACUGAGAGAAGGCUUCACCAAAUGAUGUUUGAUGACAGGGAUUAUGAACGGGUUAAUGAUGAUGGCUUUGAUGAAAAGCAAAGACCAAAUGUGAAUGUUGUGAAUUGGUCUGACAAGGAUUAUUCUGUAGUUACUAUUCAAUGUAAGGAUAGGCCAAAGCUUCUCUUUGACACAGUUUGUACUUUGACAGACAUGCAGUAUGUGGUUUUUCAUGCAAAUAUUGAUGCUGAGGGGCCACAAGCAUAUCAGGAAUAUUACAUCAAACAUAUAGACGGGUCCCCUGUAAAAUCAGAUGCAGAAAGACAAAGAGUGAUACAAUGUCUUGAAGCUGCAAUUGAGAGAAGAGUUUCUGAGGGUUUGAAGCUAGAACUAUGCACAACCGACAGAGUUGGUCUACUAUCUGAUGUCACGCGUAUCUUCAGAGAGAAUAGCCUCACAGUUACGAGGGCAGAAGUGACGACAAAAGGAGGCAAAGCUGUUAACACAUUCUAUGUUCGUGGGGCUUCUGGUUUUUCUGUUGAUUCCAAGACCAUAGAAUCCAUUAGGCAAACAAUUGGCAACACUAUACUUAAAGUAAAGGGUAGCCCUGAAGAGAUGAAAUCUGUUCCUCAGGAUUCUCCUACCAGAUCACUCUUUAGUGGUCUUUUCAAGUCCAGAUCAUUUGUGAACUUUGGCUUGGUUAAGUCUUAUUCUUGAGAAAGCUAUUACCACACGUGCUAUCUUUUCUUGUACAGUGAAAGAGCUUAAGAUGCAUAGGUGUUACUAGGAAGUGUGACUUUAGUUUAGGGAGUAGGAAUACCAUCAUAUCUCAAACCCCUUCAACCAGGGAAAGUGGCUUGUAAAUUCUGUAUCUCCCCUUCUUUAGGUUAGUUUGUCACUGUGGAUCCAAUCACUAGGUUGAUGAUGAAAGCAAAGAACACCCUAAUUGUGUAAAACUUGAAACAAUUAGUUUCAGGGGCAUCAUUUGUAAAUACUCAUUAAUUUUCUAGCAGCAGUUAUAAUUUCUCAUCUUGUUUUUU